GUCGCGUAUCUUCCUGAUAGCAACAAAGUGACGAUCCAAAUCACUUUCACUUGAUUUUUGUGCUCCUACGAAGUUAUACAUUUUCGUUUAUAGUCCGGUUGUCAUUGAGUGGAAUUUUGUGUUAACAUUUAGGAAUGAUUGAAAUUCUAUAUUCGUCUAGUUGUUUGAAACAUCGUCGAAAUUGUGGUACAAUUCGCAUCAUCUCAUCUCAAAGCUGCGUCUUUUGAACAGUUGAACAAACUUGUACAUUUCAAGUUUGUAAAAAUACUAGUUUUGAAUUGGAUAGUCCUCUAAUUGAAAAUCGUGAAUUACCGGCAAAUGGUGUCACAUUGCGUCAUAUAUUUGCAACCGCGUCUUUCAUACAUAGGUAUCAUUUAAUCAGUGAGUUCAGCUAUUGUAAUCGAGGGAGUAAUGAAUCUGUGUCACAUUUUCUGGAGAUAGAUAAUUUUCCGUCUACAAGAACGAACUCCAUAUCGUGAAAAUGUGUUGUUUCAUCGCCCUCAAAUUCAAACGGAGCGAAUGCGCAACAUGUAACGCUCAUACGCCACCACCUCUAGCAGCAUGCUGUGAAGCGGCGCUUGCAGUUCUGCCAUAUCCAUCACCGUCACACACGUCACCCGUGGAGCGUCGCUUGCUGAGAACAAUUUCCCAUACAAUGAACGACGAAUGGACGCACUCGCUCUGUCCUGUUCGUUCCUGCUGUCCGCUGCAGAGCGAGCCGGGUUGAGUGAGCAGAACAGCUAGCAGUCGAGCAGCAGAGCCGCUGAAUGUGUAGCUGAUGAAACUGUGCGGUGGUGAGCCAGCACAAUCGUCAUACUCGUGUGAGAUCCGUCUGCCAGAUAGGAGGCGAUACAACAGCGCAUAUUUUCGUUAGUUCCCAAAUUCAGGAAAUUUUCUUCCUCGCUGGUGUGGCUAAGAUUGUGCGCGAUUGUUCGAAUAUUCCGCGUCCGAAAGUGCAAAAUUCAGUCCGCGGCGGUACAUCGAUUAGCAUUUGAAGAGCAGUGAAAUAUUGAAAAGUACGUGAGCUGAGCGAAAGCUCGGGAAGAAUAUUCCGAAUGCUAAAUGCGCUUCCUGCUUCGCUCGGCCUUUUCUUUCAAGUGAGUGCGUGAGUGAGUUUCAUAACGGUGAGAAGUGAGCAGAGCAGAGAGCUCACGAGUGGUUCAUUCGAUUGGACGGAAAAAAAUUGUAAUCCAUCGCUAGGUCGCCGUCACUGCCGUCGUUGGUUUGCGCGAAUCCAGUUCAGACGAAUGCAGGCGUUUAUUCUGAUGAUGAAACCGUAGGAAGUCUCGUGAAAAACGUGGCCGAAUGCAUUGUGUUUGGGACUGGAAGGAUAGUGAUUGUGAGAAAGGUUUGAGUUUGGGUCAAUUUGUGCAAAAGAUUACCGCAGCAAAUCGACAGGAUAAAGUGUGAAGUGAAGAUAAAAAUCGAAGUUCCCCGUAACAGCAAGCGACGGGAAAAUUGCUGCUGCUGCUGCUGCUACCGUCGAGAACAAGCAGGAAGACGACAUAUCAGAAGCGGCGGUCAUCGUCGGUGGGAAAGAGAAGAAGAAAAACGGCACAACGGAAAUGUGUUAGUGAGAACUGAGUUCAUCGCCGUCGGAUGUGUGGGACCUCAACACGGAGCUAAUCGGAGCCAAAACGCCUCACAUCGAAUUCAUCUCGCGAAGUUAAUCUGCCGCUGCUGGCCGUGGAAUAACAGCAGCCGAAAUCGCGGGGAGAUGAUGUGCAGUUUUGCUCUCGGAAUACGUUUCAAUUCGUCGCGGUUCAGAAGUCGACGCGACGCGUCUGUAUGUGUGCAUCCGUGGUGUGGACAGCCACUUACGAUCUGAUGUAUGUGUGAAGUUUCUCUGCCGGCAGUGAUUCAAGCUGUAAGUUUGUGAGAAGCAAGAAUAAAGUGUAAAGCAUUAUUUUGAUACAAAGCAAAAAAGAAAAUAAGAGAAAUUGCAAUCGUGAAAAAAAUACAGUAGUGGUAUGAAGAGUUCGAUUUUUCCAACUUACAAGACUGAGUUGGAACUGUGAAAAAGCAGUUUUUGUGGGGUCAUACUCUAGCAGCAAGAGGAAGCAAAAAUUUUCUCACUGUGGAGAAUUGCGCGAAUGUGUGGAUGGGACUGGCUCGUGCUGUGACGAACGUGAUUAAAGAUUCCGAUGCAGUUGUGGAGAUGGCUCCCGCUCUUACCGAGCCGUUGAGUCCGAAUAAGCUUUCGUCGUCGGCAGCGUCAGGUGCAUCGCCUCGCACGGGAGUAGAAACCAGUGGUCAACAGGAGAUCCCAAGUGCCAGUGCUGAUUCUGGAACCGAAACUGUUUCCACGGCUCCACCCGACCCGGACGUGGUUCUUAGGGGUAGCAAUUGUAGCCCGGGGAUCGAACAAGUGGAGGACGAUAUUCAAAAUAACAACAGCGGCGGUGGACAACUUGCAAAGAUUGAUUCAGACAGUGGCAAGGAUCUUAUAGAGCUUGCCCUUGAGCAGCUUCAUCAGGAUGCGACUGCAGCACCGGCGAAUGUAGCAGGUGCUGAUGAAACGGCUGGAGAUAAUUCACUGAUUGCUUCAGCCCUAUCUCAAGCUGUGAUUGAUCACAUUUCAGAGGUGGCCACCACGAGCGAGCAAGUCGUUGCAAGCGAUAGUCAUUCUGACCUGCAACAACUUGACUCCCAGUCCUCAAUCAUCUCCAGCUCGAGUACCGCCAUGGGUCUGCAAAAAGAUUAUCUGAAAGACAAUCCGGAUAUGGAACAAAUGCUUGGGGAGCUAGCGUCUACGUCCGAUAUGGAGCUCCUCCAAGUGUUCAAAAGUCUCGAGGGUAAUCCUAGCGGAGAUGGCCUGUGUGCGGAACUGGCUGGCGGGCUCUCACUUUUCAACGAUGUGGACGUGAACAUUUACGAGGAAGUGGCUCAAACGAGUUCUCCCAACAAAGAUCGCGAGCGGCUAGAAAUGCACGCCGAAAUUGUGAAACGUCAGGCGCAAAUGCAACGGAAGUACGACUUCCUUAUUCGGCGCCUCAGUAAGCUCCAGGCUCGAUAUAUGGGGCAACAUGUGAGCGAGGAAAUAGCUGGCCUUUUCGAGUACACUCAGCGCUAUUGGAAGAAAAAAGACAAAGAACAUACCAAAGGACUCGCCUCGGGAUCUUCCACCGUUUCUCCAACGUCGUCCCUCAUUCCGGAUAUCAUCCCCUAUCAGCCACCUCCUCCCUCGUCCGCCGAUAAAAUGAAACCUAUUUCGACUAACGCAAUGAAAACAUUCGUCAAACGGUUGGAAGGAAUCGCCGUUACCCAAUGCUCAACCCAGGCGAAGCGAAUCUACGGUAAUCGAUACUUUCAGGGCACCGCCACAUCUCCUGGUGGUGAUUCGGGUGGCGUUGGUACACCCGGGGGAGCGGCGGUAGCCUAUACCACACUGUCAACGACGAUACCGAAGUUCGAGAAUGCUGCGAUUGUCCAGUUGGAGCAGACCGCCGGCCUGUUGCACUCGGAGUUGAAGCUGAUACAGAACACAAUGGAUUCGGAAGCGACGGCCAGUAGUUCUGGCGGAGAGUCCGCUGAUGAAAUGGUACUGUACAACAACAUGAACCAGCAGUCGCUGUUGAUUGCUAAGCGAGCAGCGUGGCGUUGGGCGAAAGAUCGUGCUUCGGUGGCAUCAAGAUGGACCUGGUUGCAGGCGCAAAUCGCCGACCUGGAGUAUCGCAUCCGACAAUACAACGAACUUCACAACAAGAUUAAAAUCAACAAGGGUGCCGUGACGCUGGAAGAAGUUCCCACCACUCAGCAGGCACCUCCGCAGCAAUCUGUUAAUGGAUACCGGGGCACGCUUCCCGGUAACAAUAAACCUCUGGACGAUAGUUACGAUGCGGCGUCAAGCAGCACAACGACCCCUAACGGAGCAUACGAUCAGAAUGGUGCGUCCUGUCGGACGCGCCCAUUUCAUCGGAAUGGUUUUCGGAAAAGGAAAUUGCUGCAGACUGCGAAUAUGCACAUCAUUUCCAAAAAAGUUGCCCGACCUAGCACCAUCAAAUGUGGCUGUGCGUGGCCGUUACACCCGUGCGCGCUGUGUUCCGGCCGGCAGGAUCCCACAGCGCCAAGAGAUCUGGCUGACACGAUGCCGGCAACGGAACGAGUUGCACUCCUCGAUCCGUGUUACCAUCCAGUGUUAAGUUUCUCUGAAGACGUCUCACAUAGUAUCCACUUCGAAGCGAUUCACCGAAUACCGGAGUGGCAGAACAAAAUGAUCCGCACUUCGACCAAAUCGCUCAGCAAGAGCGUCUCCCAGAAGUCUGCCAGUGCUGGCGGCAGUGGACUCUGUUCCACCAGUGGCAGCACGCCGGCCUUUCCGUCCUCUGGUGACGAAGGAGCUGGUGCAUCCGGGAGCAAAAAAAUCGGCCCCGAUGGCAAACGAAAAUACACCAAGCACAACAAGCUCAACAGUUCCCAAGAUUUUGCGAAUUCCAAAAACAAGAAAUCGAAUUCCAGACGCAACCUGCUGCUGGCAAACACCAACAGCCGAAAGUCCACCACUGCCGGUUAUCCUCAAGCGGGACCCAGCGGCAGUAGCAGUCAGCCGUACGGAGCGAGCAGCAGUUUUAGUGGGAGUUCCAAUAGAUACUACAAAAGCAGAAGCAACAAGUAUCGCAAAGCGUCACUAUCGGCAACCAUGCCCCUGCCUGCCAGCAGCGCAAGUCGGAAUCGCUACAGCAGCAGUGGUGUCACCGGAUCGUUCGAUUAUAUGGAUUCGAGCGGGUUACAGCACGACGGUGCCGGUAGCAACAGCAGCCGAAGUAAAAACUCAUCCCCAACGCCAUAUCAUCAUCGGAAUGAGAGGAGGAAUCGAAAUUCGUACGAUAUUGACAAUAUCGUUAUUCCACAUAGCAUAGCAGCGGCAAACAGAACGGAGAUUUUACCUUAUAAAGAAAUUCCCACACCAAGGUGGCGCAUAAUUAGGGACCAAAAUCACGCUGUGGAUAAGGAGAGCGACAGUACAAGCUUAACAGGACCACUCGAUACUAGUCAAACCGUACAAAUUGGAGAAGAAGCAAAUAACAUCAACAAUGCGACAUCGAUCGAGACCAAACAGGUUUCGACGCAGCUGUUACCUCCGCUUUCCACUGCAACGCAGUCGCUACACGAGCUUGCAAACGUUGUUCCGUCAGUAACUGGAGGUCAGAUGAUUGUCCUGCCCGCCAUCGAUGAAGAGGAUAUCUCCGACGACACCUUCCUGGCGAAACACGAGCGUGCCCUGCAAGAAGAACGCAAAAAGUUCCAAUCCUAUAUGAAGUUUCCAUGGAGCAGGCCACGUGCGAAUCGACGAAUCGAUAGCAGGGCAGGUUCGAGUGAGGCCAACACGCCAGAUCCCACGUCGCCUGCGCCACCCAUUCCACUGGUGGAUCAUGAGUCUAAUACUUCACCUGCAUGUCCUUCGACGCCGCUUACACCGCUGGAUUCGCUGGAACUAUCGGAAACAAAUGUUAUUAACGCCUUCAAUCAAAGCCUCAACAAGAAAGAGCGAAGACGAACAGUGUCCACUAAAUUUGCGAGAGAAGAUAUCCAGGUCAGCGGCACACCGGAAUUUAAGGAGGUCGUUGCCCCAUACGAUUCUCUGGAGUUCCCCCUGCCAGAUGAUGUCUACGAUGAGAUGAUCCGGCUAAUGCCCAGUGAUCACCUCAUCCUGAUAGAUGACACACUGAGCAAGCUGACGAGACCAAACAGACCAAACAAUAAUAUGCUGCUAUUGAACAAAAAUAAUCUCGAUCUAAUACCCUCGAGCAGUGGCCUGAUUUCGAACCCGAUGAGUUCAAAUAUGUCCACCACCUCAACGACACUAUCGGCAACCGAGAAUGAUAUCGAUGAUUUGGACUGCGACGAUAACGAGGAUGAUUUGCUGGCGGCAAAAAAGGUGGAGAGCCAAAUAAUUAUGGAAAAGCUGUUGAAGAGUUGCGACGAGAGUCGCAUAUUCGUCGGAGCGCCCCAGGUGGUGGCAGACGAGGAAGAUCCAAUGGACGACGAAGAGACGGAUACCGGCGAAUCGUUGUUUGUUGAAGAGGAUGAUCCCAAUGAUCCGGAGUGGUAUGAUCGUCCCGGACGUGGUCGAACCUAAAACACAUACACACACAUGCACUCCCCGCGACGCACGCCUGAUCUCUCUCGAUCACUGCAGAAUUUGAUUUCGUUGUUAGUCUGUACUGUAUUAUAAUAAGAGCUAAUAAUUACUUUUCUAAUUUUUAACACGUAAGACACUUGAUAAUAGCAUUAGAAAUUCUCACUUGUACAGCGCAGAUCAAAAUGAGGAAAUUACGUAUCGGAAAUAUUAUUGAAGAAGCAAAAUAAAACAGAGAAUAAUACUGAGCACCUAUAAUGCUCUGCAAAUCA